GAUUGGAUUCCUGGGAUCACUACUGAUUAUUUAAAGGACCUGAGAAGAGUUUCAUUUUAUCUGACAAGUCCUGUUUUAUCCGACAGUUUCCAUAGGAACUGUACUUCUCAGCCAAUCAAAAUCAAGGAAAGUUGUUGGAUCUGACAACUUGUAAGAAAACAACUGUUGAUGACACACUCUCCAGUGGACAGUUUCAUUAACAAUUAACAUCUGAUAAACUUGUCAGAUCUGGCAACUUUCCUUGAUCUUGAUUGGCUGAGAAGCAAUAUUACUGUGGUAACUAUGGGAUAAAAGAGGAUUUGUCUGAUAAAAUAUCGGACAAGCCUUGCCAUGAAGCGCUUUGCUGAUCUGGUCAAAGAAAGUAUGCAUGGUGAAGAGACGACAUUCCAGUGUGAAUUUGAAGUACAGUCAGGAAAUGUCUUAGAAGGGCUGGUCAUCUUUAUGACAAGCAUCGUUUUGAUUUCUGUUUGCCACAACCUGACAAUGAAGACUGGCCUGAAGUAUGACCUGGUUGUCUGCUAUCUGAAGCCAGUUGUACGUCUUACGGGAACAAGUCUGAAUUCCAUACCCAUAUAUGCAGCAACUGUUCAUCUCAAUGGGUUGUCUUUGACUUUGGUAAGGUGCCAUAUUGGUGGUGGAGCUUUUCAUCCACUUUAAAUCAUCCAUUGAGGUUGAGAAAUUUGGGAAGCAGCAGUAGAAUAGGGAGAUAAUCGGAAUCUGGCAUAGUGGUUGCAGUCAGAUCAUU